AUGCCAGUCCCAAUUAGUCAAUGCUGCUUUUCGGCUGAAGCAGGCUACUGCACCGCUACGGGCGGGGCAGGCUUCUGCGCAGCUGCGGCCGGGGCAGGCUUCUACGCAGCUGCGGCCGGGAUAGGCUUCUGCGCAGCUGCGGCCGGGGCAGGCUUCCAAUGCUGCUUUUCGGCCGAGGCAGGCUUCUGCGCAGCUGCGGCCGGGGCAGGCUUCUGCGCAGCGGCGGCCGGGGCAGGCUUCUGCGCAGCUGCGGCCGGAGCAGGCUUCCAAUGCUGCUUUUCGGCCGAGGCAGGCUCCUACGCAGCUGCGGCCGGGGCAGGCUUCCAAUGCUGCUCCUCGCCUGGGUUAGGCUGGGGCCGGGUUCUGCGCCGAUGCGGCAAGGGCAGGCUUCUGCGCCGUUGCGGCCGAGGAGGGCGCCGAUGCGGCAAGGGCAAGCUUCUGCGACGAUGUGGAAAAGGCAGGCUUCUGCGCCGAUGCGGGCGGGACAGGCUAUUGCAGUCUUCUGCGCCGCUAUGGUCAGGACAGGCUACUGAUGCAGAAGAGGCAGGCUUCUACGCCGAAGCGGCUUAG